AACUAUAAAAGAACUUUGUUGCCCUGCAACAACGCCUGGUCAUUGGGACACGGGGAAUGAGUUCAUCCAAAUUGAAUAGACCUUCACCUCCUCCCCUUCCACGCGAACUUCAACAGGAGUUCGAAGAACUCCAGCGUAGUGCUCAAAUGCCUCUCUCAUCUCCAACCCUCUCCCAUGGUGAGGCGGAGGCACAAAUGUCGUUACACCCAGACGCUCGUAAACCGUUAACACCUGAGUUUGACGGUGAUGUCAACCCCAGAACGGGCGAACAAGGAGGUCCGAAGAGGGAACCCGUCGGGAAGUGGAGUGAUGACGGCGGUGACUGGAGUUUCAAAGGGCGUGUCUCUGACUUCUAGUCAGACCACUCAGUACGAAUAGAUUUACUUGAUCUUAUUUUAAAACCAAAAUCGUGAUAGCAUCCUGCCGGGUUGCUUUGACUUUACUGCCUCGAAGCGCUGACAGUCUUGCUUAACGUUUAUAACCCAAGCCUAUCCCUUCUGAAGAUCUGAUCGAUG